GCGGCGGAGAGCACCAUGCCCGAGGCGGCGGAGGCGGAGGCGGCAUCGUCGUGGGCGUCGGUGCCCGGGGUCUGCGGCGGGGCCUGGCUGCGGGUGCGAGCGGGAGGAUGAAGCGGCAGAACGUGCGGACGCUGGCGCUGAUCGCGGGCACCUUCACCUAUCUGCUGGUGGGCGCCGCCGUCUUCGACGCGCUCGAGUCCGAGGCCGAGACCCAGGAGCGGAGGCGCCUCGGGGCCAAGCAGGGCCAGCUCCAGGCCAAGUACAACCUCUCCGGGGACGCCUUCGCCGAGCUCCAGGCCCUCGUCCUCCGCCUCAAGCCCCACAAGGCCGGGCUCCAGUGGAAGUUCGCCGGCUCCUUCUACUUCGCCAUCACCGUCAUCACCACCAUCGGCUAUGGACACGCAGCACCAAGUACUGAUGGCGGCAAAGUCUUCUGCAUGUUCUAUGCCCUUCUGGGGAUUCCACUCACCCUGGUCAUGUUCCAAAGCCUGGGCGAGAGGAUCAAUACCUUUGUGAGGUACCUGCUCCACCGCAUCAAGAAGUGCCUUGGCAUGAGGCGGCCAGAAGUUUCGAUGGCUAACAUGGUCACCAUCGGGUUCUUCUCCUGCAUCAGCACCCUCUGCAUCGGGGCCGCCGCGUUCUCAUACUACGAGAACUGGACUUUCUUCCAGGCCUACUACUAUUGUUUCAUUACCCUCACCACCAUCGGUUUCGGGGACUAUGUGGCCCUUCAGAAGGAGCAAGCCCUGCAAACCAAGCCCCAGUAUGUGGCCUUCAGCUUCAUCUACAUCCUGACUGGGCUGACCGUCAUCGGGGCCUUCCUCAACCUGGUGGUGCUACGGUUCAUGACCAUGAACGCCGAGGACGAGAAGAGGGAUGCUGAGCACCGGGCCCUGCUCACCCACAACGGGCAGGCCAGCAGCGUCCAUACCACAGACACCACCACUUCCUCGACCGCCGCCGCACUCGGGGGGAUAGGGGGAGUUGGAGGGGGUGGCGGCGGCCGAGGGGGCCUCCGGAACGUCUAUGCCGAGGUUCUCCACUUCCAGUCCAUGUGCUCCUGCCUUUGGUACAAGAGCCGGGAGAAGUUGCAGUACUCCAUCCCCAUGAUCAUUCCCAGAGACCUUUCCACCUCGGACACCUGCAUGGAACAGAGCCAUUCCUCACCCGGGCAUUACCCGGAGACGCCCUCCAACCGUUGCUUCUGCAACGCCCAGCGUUCGGCCAUCAGUUCAGUCUCCACGGGACUCCACAGCCUCUCAACCUUCCAGGGACUCAUGAAGCGCCGGAGCUCGGUGUAAAAAUAAGAAAAGCCUAGGAGCCUUUGACGCGCGCGCAGCUGGAAGGGGAAACAGCCCCCUUCCUUUACGUCAGAGAAAGGGAGGAAGGCUCGAGGAGACAGGCACAAUAACCCAGGUGGAAAGAACAGGGCAACAAUAGAACUUAGCAUUUAUACAGAUAAUAUAUUGAAUCAAAAAGGAAGAAAGGCAAAAAAUGCAGAGGGCACUGCAAAGCAUGCAGUGAAAAAUCAGUUGGUGGAUCAAGGCAUGGGUUGGUGGCCCUACAGCGGGGAAGCGAAGCCACACAAGUCUCUAGAGCUGAGGCUAGGAGUGGGUCCUCAGCUCUGGGUCCCCUGCACUUGGUAAGAAAGAGUGGGGACAAAUUGGGGGCUAGUUCUCCAGAAGGGUCAGUAUGGUGCAGAUGGUUCCCCUGAGUCAGAGAGUCUCCACUUCAGAUGCUACUUCAGGUGGUUAGAUGUUUUUGUUUUUUGCAGCCACUCCAUAACAAAUGAAACUUGAAAAUCAGUUUUUUCACCCUUGCAGGGGCAUUGUAUGGAACUAAGUGUGUGUGUGUGUGUGUGUGUGUGUGUGUGUGUGUGUGUCAGUUGCAGGGUUGGGUAGCUCUCUCGGCUGAGUUGCGUGCAUCUCGAUUUAUACCUCUGUGGACUGAUGGAAGGAGAUCAAAAAUUCUUUCAACCCCACUCUGUUUUUUUGGAUCCUAUCUGUUCCUCCUCCCUUUCCUCUUGCUGGAUGUAGGAGGGCAGGGAACUUGCUCCUGAGUCCACAUUGUGUGCACACACACAUCGUUGCUUAUGAAUUGCACACAGAUGGCUUUAUAAAGACUGACUUUGGCUACAAGGUCUUGGACAGUCACUCAGCAAAAAUGCUGCCUUCUAUGCAUUGUGUUCCACUCAGAAAUGACACUUGCUACCUUGCUGUCUCCCGGAAAACACAACUGUUCCAAUCGCGUCUCUCAAAUUGCUCCCCCAUGUUUGUGUAUGUGUGUGUGUAUUUGCAACAGAAGGGCACACAGCCCAGUUCCAUCAUCAACAUAGUUGCACAAGGUUAUGUCUGCACUCUGAUGAAACCCACAAACCCCAUGGCUGGCUCUCAAAGUCUGCUGCACCCCUCUUUUUCCCCUUUCCUCUCCUGCUCCUCAGUAAUUUUUACAGAACAGAAUGUUGUGGUGGUUUCUGUUCAAAUCUGUUUUUCCCACAGGUGUGUGGAUUUUGGGGAAAGUGACUCUUACUGAAGAAUAAUGUUCCAAGGGUGCACCCCUAACAUUAUCCUGACUUGGGCCCUGUCUGCAUGGGUCAGGAUACCCUGGGGGCUGCCAGGACUAACCUGGGCCCAAAGCUUCCCUGUUACCUGGCCCUCUGUUCCUGUGACAAGGUGGCUGUCUGCUCACGUAUCCAUGUGCACAUGCAUCCUGAGGUCAGAAUGAGGCACACACGUGCACAUGCAUCCGUGUGUAGAUCUGCACAUGCACAUCACCAUGGGUCAUUCACUUCUGAGGUCAGAAUGAGACAUACAUGACAAUCACAUUGUUGGGUACCUCAUUCUGACCUCAGAGCAAGUGGCAAUAGAUGCAUUGGGUGGUUCAGCAAGUCACCUUUGCAGGUAGCUGCCCCAACAGGGGAACGGAGGGCUCUGGAUCUUCAUGGAAUAUCUGGAGUAAGAGGUAAGUUUUUAAAAUUCAUGUUAAGGGUGUUGUACCCCAGUUCUGCUUUGGAACAUGCUGAGUAUCAUCUGGACUGCUUACAAAAAACUAGUUUGGGCUGUGCUUCAUCUGAACAGGACUCCACCAGAACUUGUCCCAUGCAGACAAGGCCCUGGACUGAGAUACAACUGGAGCUUGGGGUGAGGUGAGACUUGCAUGCACUCAGAUUUCUUCAUCCACCUAACUUAGAGGUGGCACGUUUUGGUAAGGCCAGAGCAAGAGUGUAGCUAAAGGAUGGAGGGGGAGAAAGCAAAAUAAGGGCAUUCCCCCCCCCCAAUAAAAAGUCUCUCCUCCUCCCAAUGAAAUGUUCCAUCACUCCCCAAAUUUCUAGCAUUGCAGUAAUCUAAAAUGUCAGUCAGCCUUUAGAAACAGAGGCUAAGCAUCCAGAGUGACCCAGGGAAUGUGAACCCAGCAAACGUGAAAGAGUUGUAAGUGUGAAUGGUGUCGCAAAGCUCACUCUCUGCAGCGCUAGAAAUUUGGGGACUGGAGGCAAAUGUCACUGGAGAGACAGAAGUCUAAUUUUGGAGAGCAAUGGCCUCCUUCUCUCCCCUCCCUCCAUAAAGACACCCCUGGGGCAACUUCAAGAUUUUCUUCCCUGCAACCCACCAAAAUUGGGGGGGGGGGAUGGUUUGAAGAAAAUAAACAAACAAAUGAUAAAGGGUCACAAUACCAUCUUUUGGUUUGAAAAUUGUGUUUUCUGCGUUUUCCUUCUGCAAGAGUGACCUUUCAAAAGGAUAAACUGCUGCUCCUGCUGGCUUUCGGGAGAAGCGAUUCACCCUUGUUUGCCAGAGAAAAGGUGUCUUGGAAGUUGUAAGAGUUGAGGGCCAUCAAAACAGCUUCGGAGGGCCACACAUAGCCCCAGUUUGUCCAUUUUGGAUCUAAGUGAAAGCUUCCCACUUUCUUAGGCUGCGCUGUUUGAUUUGAAAACCACAACAUCUAUGCAAACCAGAGGAAAAUGAUAAACUGUGGGCUGUGCUGAGCCAGAGAGAAGACGCUCACUUGUCACAUUUUGCUAAUCCAGACCUCAGUUGCACCCCUUGGAUAGCCAUCUUUCUCUCCCUUCCAGCUCCUCUGCACAGAGGAAAUGUAUUGAGAGUUUGCAGUAUUUGUUGCUGUAGUUCUCAGGCUUUUAAAAAAAGAUAUACAAAAUGACCUUUUUGUUGUCGCUUUUUCCUGGCAAUUCCCAAUACAAGUUGAGUCUCCCUUAUCUGAAAUGCUUGGCACCAGAAGUGUUUUGGAUUUUGGACCCCCCCCCCCCCAUUCAGAUUUUGAAAUCUCUGCUUAUACAUAAUGGGAUACCUUGCAGCUAGGACCCAAGUCUAAACACAAAAUUCGUUUGUGUUAUGUCUGCACCUUACAUA